AGCAGUGAACUGGGAUAAAUAUCGACGAAUCUUGUCGGCUACAAUCCGAAUCCAAUCCAAUUCAAUCCCAACGGUCUUCUGAAUAAUUGAAGCAACGCGUGCUGAACAUUAUUGUAGAGUGAACUCGAUGCAAAUUGAUUGCUCAUACGACGCGUUGGCUGCACAAAGAGCAGGAAAAUAGAAAUUGUUGCAUGCUUCUAGGCGGCGCAUUGUUGAUUGAUAUUUGCUGGCGGUGCAUCUGUUACUGUGUGUGUGUGUGAUUGAAAUCCUUUUUGAUUAAAGCCCGCGCGUGAAUCGCUUUCUAUUUCUAUGCAAUCGGAAAAUCUCCUUUUAUGCAUAAAUGCUCCAAAUCUCGCUAAUUGCUCAAUGGGGCUCGGCUCGGCCCGAAUCUGGAUCUGGAUCUGGCUUUUGUGAUUCGCAUACGCACGCUUGGAGCGUAAACAAUUGAUUUAGUUCCGCAAAACGAUAAAGUACUCCAGCGAACCGCUCACCGCGAAUGUCAAAAGCUCACUGAGGUAGGCUCUCAGGCCCAGCGGCGUCUGUACUCCGACUCGCACUCGUAGACGGGACCAAAAACAAAGAAAGCAGCAAAACAAAACUGCCAAAAAAAACAAAAACACAGAAACGUGUAAAAGGUGUUUUUUGGGUAUUUGGGGGGAACCGGCGCUUGGACUUGACAUAAGACAAGGCGGCAGCAGCAGCAGGAGCAGGAGCUGGUGGAGCUGGUGGAGCAGGCGUGGCAGGCAAUACAACAGAACGGAGGGGAAUAAACUGGGCCAACAACUUUAAAAGUACAAGCGGAGGAAGAGCCAUCAUGAGAAGUGCAUAGACCAGGAACAAUAGCAAAUGCCACGUCAGCAGCAGCACCAGAAGCGGCAACAACCACAGCAACAGCAACAGCAACAGCAAGAACGUGCAACAACGACCGUAAAAACGAGUCAACAACAGCUUAAAACAUAAUCCGCUGUCUAAAGGCAACAAGCGGAUAGAGAGACGGCGAGACAGUACGAAAGAGGAGAAACCAGAGAGUGAAAGAGCCACACAGAGAAACAAAGAAGGAGAAGGACAAGACUGAGUCGGACGGAGACCGCUACCCAGUGAUGGGCGAGAAGAAAGCGACAUUGGGAGUGACGAGAAAUCGUUGGUGUAAUUAGUGCUGCCAAAGCGCGUAUGAAUCAAAAGCCUGGCCCGCAGCGGAAGCGGAAAUGCAGGCGACAGACGGCCCACUCAGCGGAGACGGAGGAGGCCACUAAUGGAACGGCGCGCGAUCAUGUCCGACGUUGAGAAGGCGAUUCAGAUUAGGGGCAAGCAGCGCCUGCCAGAGGAUGACGGAGAUGUGGCUGAUGAUGUGGCGGGGUCAGGGCCAGGCACAGGGCCGUGCUCGGCCGUGGGGGUAAAGACCACGGCCACAUUGAUGGCCAAGAAGAAGAGCUGCCCGCGACGCUGCCUCGGACAGCUGCUGAAGCUGGUGCUCUCGACGCCCGGCCUGAUGCUGCUGGUGACGGCCUACUCCGUGCUGGGCGCCCUGAUCUUCCCGCUGCUGGAGGCGCCCCAGGACCUGAGCAAGUCGGCGGCCAUAGCCAAGAGCCGCGAGGACUGUCUCCGUGAGCUCUGGAUAAUAACGGAGAAACUAAACGUUCUGUACGAACGCAACUGGACGAUGCUGGUCCACGAGCAGCUGCGCCGCUUCGAGGGAUCCAUUGUGGCAGCCACGCGCCAAGGAGCCACUGGAGUCGGUGGCGGAGCCGGCUUCCAGGCAGCCAGCGCCAGUGCCCUGGGACACUUUGGCUACGAUGCAGGCGAUACCCAGAUCUGGACCUUCAGUGAAGCCCUGCUCUACUCGGUCACUGUGAUAACGACAAUUGGUCAUGGCAGUCUUACACCCCGCACAGCCGCUGGAAAGCUAGCCACCAUUUUCUACGCCCUCAUCGGAGUGCCCCUGAUGCUCAUGUGCCUGUCCAGUCUGGGCACGCAGCUUGCCGAGGCAUUGCAGUGCACGUACAUGCGACUCUGCUGCCAGCUGCAAAAGCAUCGUCAGAAGAAGCCGCCAGCUCAAAGGGGAGCAGCGUCGACAGCUACGAAAGCGUCAGCGACACCAACAGCAACGACGAUGGCAGCUACAACGACAGCGACAAAACGGCGUCAGGCAGCGGCAGCGGCAGCUGGCAAUGGGGCCAAUUGCAGGAGCUGCAAAUACGAUGCGGCCAACACGGAGACGAGUCUCAACGAGAGCUACGAAUACGGGCAAGGACAGGCGGCGGCCAGGGGCAAGCUGCCCCCGGAUAAGGGAGAAGAUGCCUGUCAAUUGUUGCACAACUUGAAUCAGCAGCAGCAGAUGGCACAGCAGCAGCAGCAGCAUUUUUACCAGCCACAGCAGCAGCAGCAGCAGCAGCAUCCGGAUGUCAUGCUAAUGACAACAACAACAACGGGUAGCGCAAUGUUGAAAUAUGCACCGCAACAACAGCAGCAGCAGCAGCAACAGCAGCAGCAGCAGCAAUCAUCGACAGCGACUCUACCGCGGCAACAUCACCAACAUCUACAUCCCCAGCAGCAACUGCAACAGAAUUUUGUCGCCGUGCCGAGCAGCAUGCUGCGGUCAAUGCCUCUGACUAUGCCGCCCAAUUGUUAUGGGCCAGCCACCGCCACGAUUUACUUUCCAUUUGCACCGUCUGCAGCGGGCAGUCCACAGCACUCGCAGCAUCUGGUUGGGACGGCAGAGCCGGCCAACGGGCCUGGCUCUGGGCCUGGUCUUGGCCAGCAGCCGCUGGUCAAGUAUCACACGAUUCACUUGCAGCCUGCCUCCGCGAAGCACCGACUGCUGGCACCGGCUCGGGACGAGCCACCCAUUGCGGGCCAACGGGCUGAAUCAACGGUCACACUGGAGGGCAUAACAUUGCCACCGCCGCCUGCCUACCAAACAGCCAGCAUUCAUGCUGUGCGUCGUGGAAAGUUCGUGACCAAGCCGUUGCCGCACGAGAUCAAUGCUCUGAUGGACUCUGGAACCGCUUCGGGAGCGGUGGAUUUAUCCAGCAGGCAUGAUUUAUUGCCACAUGCAUUCACAACGGCAGCAACAAGCACCGCAGCAGCUGCAGCGGCGUCAGGAGCCUCCUCUCCUGCAUUGUUGACCUACACGGCAGCAGCAACGGCGGCGACGAGCCCACAACUGUCAGGCGGCAUUAAAACUGCCACAGGAGGUGGAGGUGGGCCCGCAACAAUGUCCGAUAACAGUUUUAUAGCCGCAGGUGUCUGUGGCAUGGCUGCACCAGCACCAGCACCAGCAUCAGCAGCAGCAGGAACUGCAACAACACCAUCAACAACCUCGAGUGCUGCGGGCACAUUGUCGACCCUGCUCUGCUCUAGCGCCACUGGAAACGUGGACAUCAUGGAGGACGAGGAUGAGCAGGAGCGAGAGCGCCUGAGCAACUGCCCGCAUGGGACGCCCUCACGGGUGCCGCUGAUAGCCAGCCCCCUGAGUGUGCCCCAGGACUCGGGCGAAAGGUCUGGAGGCAGUGGGGGCAGUGGCUCGAGGGGCCUGUUGAAUGCCACGGCAGCCUCGUUCCACCGCCACACGAUGCAGCCACUGAACCGCAAGAAGAUGCUGCUCACGCGUCGCUGCCAGCGGCAUGCCACGGCCGCCCUCUACGAUGGCACGGCCACCACUACGGAGACCUCCGACGACGAGGAGUACAUGCAGCAGGGCAGCGGCAGCGAGCAGUUCGUGCUGCGGAAGCUGCGCUACCACAGCGAGUCCGAGGACGGGCUCGACGAGGAGACGGAGGAUGAGUGCGAGGAGCGGCCACACCGGGUGCCCAUUAGUCUGGUGCUGCUCAUCCUCAUGUGCUACAUCAGUGCAGGCACCGUGAUCUUCGCACUUUGGGAGGACUGGUCCCUGGUGGACGGGGCCUACUUCUGCUUCGUGACGCUCUCGACGAUCGGCUACGGGGAUUUCGUGCCCGCCCGCAGCUUCAACGGACCAGCGCUUCAGCUGUACGCCUGCUGCGCCUACCUCUUGCUCGGCCUCGUCCUGGUGGCCAUGUCCUUUAGCAUCCUCGAAACGCAGCUGAUGUGGAAGUGCAGGAGGAUAGCGGUGCGACUGAAGCUGGCCCGAACCGAUUGAAACUGAGCUCCCACACUGGACCCAAAAUGCUGCUCCAAUCACUAAUUAAUAGCAAUUCCCAUGGUACUCUACCAGCUGCUUGUGCUUGAACCAUUGUAGGAUAAGUUUACUGUACAAUUGGGCAUCAACUAGCCCCGUCUCUGUGUAAAUGUAAAUUCGUCUGCCUAGAAAAAUAAUGCGUACUCGUAUGUUGUCUGAGA